UAUGCAGAACUCAAGGAUAUAUUAUAUGAAAAGUCAAAGGAGAUUAUAUUUCAUUUAGCAAAAAGAGAAAUACCUGGAAGUCAGUGGGGAGGAAAAGGUCAAUAGUAAAGCCACGUAGAGCAGACAGGAGAUAAACCAUUUGAAUGUCUUGACUAUGAGAAAAAUUUCAGUCACAAUUCCAGUCUUAUGUAAUUCUGUUACAUAAGUAGAUCGAAUCCAGGGAGAAACAGUGGGAAUGUUUGGUUGUGGAAAAAACUUCAUUAGAAAUUUCCAUCUCACGAGACACCAGAGAACUCACACGGAAGGGAAACCUUUUGAAUGUCCUGACUGUGGGAAAACUUUCCGUUGUAAUUCCAACUUGGUGAUAUACAAAGGAGAAAAAUCCUUUCACCGUCCUGACUGUGGGAGAAUUCCAGCCUGGUAAUACAUCAGAGGAAUCUCUCCAUGGAGAAACCCUAUGAAUGUCAAGAAUGUGGGAAAGGUUUCAUUAGAAAUUCUCACCUCAUCAGACACCAAAGGACUCACACAGGAGAGAAACCCUUUGAAUGUCCUAUCUGUGGGAAAAGUUUUAGUGAUAAUUCCAGCUUGGUGAGACACCAGAGGACUCACACAGGAGAGAGACCCUUUGGAUGUCCUAUCUGUGAGAAAAGUUUUAGUUAUAAUUCCAGCCUGGUGAAACACCAGAGGACUCACACAGGAGAGAAACCCUUUG